UAGCAUUUCGGCAUUUAUUUUCGAGUGUUCGGGUUAAAUUCAAUGUUACAUUAAAAUUAAAUUAAAUUAAAUUAUUAUUUCAGUCUAGUCGGUUUAGACGAGAUAUUUUUGAGAAAUCGAACAUAAUCGAAUCGUUUCACGAUGAAUCAAGCGGAGGUUUCGCAAUUAAUGUCCAAACUCAGAAUACGCGUCAAUCCUCGCCACAAAAAUCUAAAGCAACCCGAUGGACCACAGGGUCGAUUAAAUAAAUUACGUAGAACUGUCAACGCUCUGUUCAAAUACGAACGUUUAGAAUUGAAUUAUACGUUGGCUGAUGAGACUAGAGGAUAUGCAGAAAGAUUAAUAUCUGAAGCCAUCAGGCAUGGAGAUACACACAAACCAACCAUGGAGAUGGCCGAUUAUUGGAUAGAAGAAAAACAGUUGAUACACAAAUUGUUCAAAGUAUUGGUUCCCCGGUUUAAUGAUUAUAAGACUUCAUACACAAUGUUAUACCGGGCACCAAAAGCAUACCCAGAUAUUGUGUUUCCACGUUCUGUUCUUGAACUUAGAGGUAACCCGUUCCCUGCAAUUCUACCUCAGCGAUCCGACCAAAGAAAUUUUAUACACAAUGUGCUAUUGGACGAAGCAAAAAAGGCAUAUAGGGCUGAGAAAUAUGAAGAAAUAACCAAAUCUCUCGAAGAACAACGGGAAGAAUAAAUCUAUAUCCAUAUUUUGUUUUGUGUAAAUAAAGUUGUUAGUUAGAAGUACUCAAUUAAAAUUGAUGCAUUUUCAUGAUA